AUGCCAAUAGUUACCAAUUUAACAACUCACAAUUUAACAGACAUUUUUAAAUAUUCAUUAAAUAUUUCUUUAUAUGAAACAAAACAAAAUAUUGAUUUAAAAAAUUCAAUAUUAGUUAUAUUUCUUUCAUUUUUUUGUAUUAUUACCGUAUUUGGUAAUGCACUUGUUAUUUAUGCUGUUAUUCAAGAACGAUAUUUAAAAUCAGCUACAUAUUAUUAUAUGGCAUCAUUAGCAUGUGCUGAUUUAUUUGUUGGUUUAAUUGUCAUGCCAUUUGCUAUUAUUCAAGUCAUCUAUGGUGAAUAUUGGCCAUUUGGUAAUACAUAUUGUGAUAUAUGGCAUUCAAUAGAUGUAUGUGCAAGUACAGCAUCAAUACUUGAUUUAUGUGUUAUUGCUUUGGAUCGAUAUUCAGCAAUAACAAAUCCAAUAUCAUAUCAUCGUGCAUUUUUUGUUAAACGUUGGCCUUAUCUUAUUGCAGCUGUUUGGUUAUGUUCAGGUUUUAUUUCAUUUCCUGCUAUUGCCUAUUGGCGUUUAGUUGUAACACAAUAUCAAAUUGAUCGUUGUCUUUUUCCUGAUGAUAUUUAUUAUAUAUUAGUAUCAUCAUUAAUAUCAUUUUAUAUACCAUUAUUUGUAAUGAUUUUUGUUUAUAUAAGAAUAUAUCGUGCUGCUAUAAAACAAUUACAUGCAUUUAAAACAGGUGUUAAAAUAACAACAGAAAAAACAAGAAUACCAAAACAAAAAAUAAAUAAAGAAAAUUCAACAAUAAUAAAUGGUUCAUCGGAUGUAUGUUUACGUAUACAUCGUGGUAAAUAUCAUGGUAUAUUAAUUGAUGGAGAAUCAUCAUAUACAGAUAAUUCUGUAUCGCAUUAUUCAAUAACAAAUGAUAAUAAUCAAAUAACAAUUAAUAAAAAACAAAUAUCAUCAGAUAAAUCACGUCAAACACUUGGUAAACGUUUAACAAAAUUUUCUAAAGAACAAAAAGCAACAGUAACACUUGCUUAUGUUAUGGGAAUAUUUGUACUAUGUUGGUUACCUUUUUUUGUUUAUAAUCCUCUAACUGCUAUAACAAAAUCAUUUCUCCAAGGAAAAACUCCUUUAAAUAGAAUAGAAGAAUUUUUAAUCGGAAAUGAUCUUUUCUUCCAAUUGGUUACUUGGCUUGGUUAUAUUAAUUCAAGUGUAAAUCCAAUAAUCUAUGCUUAUUCUUCACGUGAAUUUCGCCGUGCAUUUAUUAAAUAUUUAUGUCGAUGUUUUCCAACACGUUUAAGAACCUUUUUGAUGUCAUAUCAUAAUUUACAUUUAUUACGUUAUCGUUGUCAACGACCAUCAUCAGUUAUAUCAGCUGAAAAUCUUGAUUGUAAUUUCGAUAAUAAAAAUAAACAUUUAACUAUUCCAUCAUCAUCAUCAUCAGCAACUGUUUUAAUAAAUAUACAAAAUAAAAAUCAAGCAAAACUUCGAUUUUUAACAAGUUAUUCUCAUAGAAAUAUAAAUCUACAACAACAACAACAACAACAACCACAACCACAACCACAACCACAACAACAACAAGAAGAACAAUUCAAUAAUAAACCACAAACUAAUAUUCUUCUUGAUUAUUGUAAUUGUCGUGAUGUUUCUAUGCCAAGAGUAACAUGUCUUUGA